UGAAGUGACCAAAACACUCAACAGUCACACUAAUUGUAUACAGUGGGCUCGAAUCAAAAAAAUCAGAAAUAAAAAAAUUUCUCACCUGAGCGGACGUGUGAUUUUCGGAGCGGAUUCGUCGCGCGCGGAUGUUCGAAAAAACGCUAUAAAACAUCGGUUCGGAGUGCGCGUUGCCGUCAAUUUGAACGGAUACUAAUAACAAGAAAAAUAUACUCAGAAAAAGGUAUUUCUUUUUGAAAUAUUAACUCGCUGAGAGGGAAAAUAAAGUACAUAUUUGCUACUGGAUCAGAGCGCGAGUGUGUGGUGCGGGAAUAAAUAAAGCCUGGCUCCGGAAAUGGGGCGAUUCUUGGUGCUAUUUUGUGGCUAAUUUCUAAACAGAAAUUCAUCGCGAGUCCAACUUCGCAGCAACAAAAAGAAACAUUUAAUAAAUAAAAUAAAAAAUAUUAAAAAAUAAAAUUAGUGUUUUAUUUUCGUUUUUAAUUUGUUUAAAAAAAAGUGUAAAAAAAAAGGAAACAAUUUAUAGAAAAUAAUUCGUGCGUGCUAGAAAGUGCUUCGAAAAUUAAUGGCCCAUGCCAGAAGCGUGCGAGCCAGUGUGUGUGUCCCCAUGUGCGAGUGAUAAGUUAGUAAGUGGCAUGGCCGGUGCACUGAGCUCCAAUUGAGAGUGCCCGGGGUAGCAGGGGUGCCUUGUCCCCAACAACAUCAACAACAACUGCCAAAAAGAUAUCCAACACAAGAAUAAAGUCAACAACAUCCCCCCAGCCAGUAGUAAUACCGACAAACAGAAAUUUGUGCUAAUUCUGUUUAUUAAAUCCCAUCCACGUUGGAUCCCCAUCGCAUAUAAUGUCAUCAAAAUGUGCUUUCAACAUUGCAUUCGUGGCGAUCAUUUCCAUCAUCAUCGUAAAUGGUUACGCAAAAGACAUUUCUGGAGUUAAAAGAGGCCAUGAGCGACUCAACGAAUACAUAUCCCACUACGAAACACUCAACUAUGAUCACGAGCACAUUCGAGCUAGUCACAACCGAGCGCGCCGAUCAGUGACCAAAGAUCAUUAUGUACAUUUAAAGUUUGCAGCACAUGGAAGAGACUUCCAUCUUAGAUUAAAACGUGAUUUAAAUACAUUUAGCGAUAAGUUAGACUUUUAUGAUAGCAAUGGCCCCAUUGAUGUCUCCACGGAUCAUAUCUAUGAGGGCGAAGUGAUAGGGGAUCGUAAUAGUUAUGUAUUUGGUUCCAUACACAAUGGGGUAUUCGAGGGUAAAAUUAUAACGGAACGUGAUGCCUAUUAUGUUGAACAUGCCAAACAUUAUUUUCCCACAAAUCGCACGGCGACAACACCAACAGUAACAAAAACAACACCAUCGACAUCCUCGACCAGAACAACAACAAUAACAACAAAUACAAGGACCUCAAGCAGCCCUCUAACAAAAACAAAAAAUAACAACAGAACUGCCGUUGAUAGUAAGACAGAAAACUUCAUAAAGAAAAUUGCUGAAUCCACAACAACGACGACGUCGACGACGACGCAGUAUCCAGAGCUUUUCGAGACUUCUUCGUCCUCGCCCACGUCCUCGUCGUCCUCUACAUACCCACCCACAACGGAAAAACCUGCGGAUGAGCAGGAUAACGCCGAGGACGAACUUGAUUUUCACUCCAUUAUCUACAAGGAGUCACAUGUCGAGGACGCCUAUGAAAAUGUGCGCGAAGGUCACGUGGCCGGUUGCGGCAUCACGGACGAGGUCUCACAAUGGAUGGAGAACAUACAAAAUUCAGCCGUCGAAGAGCUGCCGGAGCCCAUGUCAAAGGACUACCAAAAGCUCCACCGGAAGCAGCUGCACAAAAAGUCCGCCCCCCAGCAACAGCAGCAGAAUCAGCAACAGCAGCCCCAUCCUCCAAAGAAAUAUAUGAGCGGCGAGGACGACUUCAAAUAUCCCCAUCAGAAAUAUACGAAGGAGGCCAACUACGCCGAGGGUGCGUUCUACGAUCCGGCCACCGGACGUCGCCUGGGCUCAUCCGCCAAUGUGGCCGACUGGCAUGAGCUGGUCCACGAGCGGGUCCGUCGCGCCACCGACGGUGGUGCAUCCACUGGCGGGGGCAGGGGUCGCGAGGACAACAAGAAUACCUGUUCGCUCUACAUACAAACGGAUCCAUUGAUUUGGCGCCAUAUUCGCGAAGGCAUAUCCGAUCAACAGGAUCGCGGGCGCAGGUACGAGGUGGAUGUGAAAACCCGUGAGGAAAUCACAUCGCUGAUUGCACAUCACGUGACGGCCGUUAAUUACAUUUACCGCAACACAAAGUUUGAUGGACGCAACGAGCAUCGCAACAUCCGCUUUGAGGUGCAACGCAUCAAGAUUGAUGACGACUCGGCCUGCCGCACUUCCUACAACGGACCCCACAAUGCCUUCUGCAAUGAGCACAUGGACGUCUCGAACUUUUUGAAUCUCCACUCCCUCGAGGAUCACUCGGACUUCUGUCUGGCCUAUGUGUUCACCUACAGAGACUUCACGGGCGGCACUUUGGGCCUGGCGUGGGUGGCAAGUGCCUCGGGUGCUUCCGGCGGCAUUUGCGAGAAGUACAAGACCUACACCGAGACGGUCGGGGGGCAGUACCAGAGCACCAAGAGAUCCCUCAACACGGGCAUCAUUACCUUCGUGAACUACAACAGUCGAGUGCCACCAAAGGUGUCGCAACUGACCCUGGCCCACGAGAUUGGCCACAAUUUUGGAUCACCUCAUGAUUACCCGCAAGAGUGCCGUCCCGGUGGCCUAAAUGGCAACUUCAUCAUGUUCGCCAGUGCCACAUCCGGAGACCGACCGAACAACUCCAAGUUCUCGCCCUGCUCGAUCCGGAAUAUAUCCAAUGUGCUGGAUGUCCUGGUGGGCAACUCGAAGCGAGACUGCUUCAAGGCCUCGGAGGGCGCCUUCUGCGGCAACAAGAUUGUGGAGUCCGGCGAGGAGUGUGACUGUGGCUUUAACGAGGACGAGUGCAAGGACAAGUGCUGCUAUCCGCGUCUUAUCAGCGAGUACGAUCAGUCGCUGAACUCCAGUGCCAAGGGAUGCACCCGGCGGGCAAAGACCCAGUGCUCCCCGUCCCAGGGCCCCUGCUGUCUGGCCAAUUCCUGCACCUUUGUGCCGAUCAGCAACCACCAGAAGUGCAAGGAGGAGACCGAGUGCAGCUGGUCGAGCACCUGCAACGGCACCACCGCCGAGUGCCCCGAGCCACACCACCGAGACGACAAGACGAUGUGCAACAACGGCACUGCUCUGUGCAUCCGCGGCGAGUGCAGCGGCUCGCCCUGCCUGCUCUGGAACAUGACCAAGUGCUUCCUCACCUCUUCCACGUUGCCGCAUGUGGACAAGCGCAAGCUGUGCGACCUGGCCUGCCAGGACGGUAACGACACGUCCACCUGCCGCAGCACAAGCGAGUUUGCCGCCAAGUAUAACAUUCAAAAGGGAGGCAUUAGCUUGCAACCGGGUUCGCCGUGCGACAAUUUCCAGGGCUACUGCGAUGUGUUCCUCAAGUGCCGCGCCGUGGACGCCGAUGGCCCGCUGGUGCGACUCAAGAAUCUCCUCCUCAACCGGGAGACUCUGCUAACGGUGGCCGAGUGGAUCACCGGCAACUGGUAUCUGGUGGUGCUAAUGGGCGUGGCCUUCAUUGUGGUGAUGGGCGCCUUUAUAAAGUGCUGUGCCGUGCACACUCCCAGUUCUAAUCCGAAGAAGCGGCGGGCACGCCGUAUUAGUGAAACACUACGUGCUCCCAUGAAUACGUUGCGAAGAAUGCAACGUCAUCCGCAUCAGCGAGGCGCCGGGCCCCGCAGCAUCCCACCGCCAGCCCAUGAGGCGCAGCACUAUCCCCGCAGCGGAGAAGGACGAAGCGGGGGCGGUGGCGCUGGAGGGGCAGGUGGUGGAGGCGGCGGACGCCAUGGCGGUGCCCGAUCGCAUCAUCAGUCCCAUCCGCAUGAGUGGGACCGCCACCAGGGCGGUCACUCCAUCGUGCCACUGCCCACCGGCGGCAGCCAUGCGAGUCGCAGCUCGGCGGCGAACCAGGCGGCCUCGAGACGCAGCGAUGGACGCGGCACAAGAUCCACCAGCAGCGGGAGACCGCAAGGAGGAGCCAGUGGUGCUUCCCGAGGAAAUGGCGGGUAUGCAGCCGAGCAGGCGAUACCGGGUUCCAUUGGUGGUGGUGUGCAGGCGGCCAUUAGCAGCGGCGGUGUGGUGGCUCGGGCCCAGCUGCCGCUGCCUCUGCCGCCGCCGAAUGCACAACAGCAGGUGCAACAACAGCAACAGCAACAACAUCUGCAACUGCAACAGCCGCAUGUUGCAGUGUCGCAGCAACAGCAACCGCAAGCGUUCUACGCGCCGAAAGGCGUCGCGGUGCCUCAGCUACAAGUAAACUUUAGUCGGCCGACAUCGUUGCACGAACAACAGCAACAGCAACAUCACAUGCAACAGCAACUGGAGCCCCAGCAGCCCCAGCCGCCGUAUGCCGACGCCUAUGCUGCUCUGGGGCGGGGCCAGUACGAGUCCACCUCCCGGGCGCCCAAUAAUAGUAAAGUUUGACAGACAAAAGCGGCUUCGGAGCGCCACAAACGGCCAAAAGCAAAGCGACUCAAGCAACAGCAGCAGCAACCAGAACCAGAGAUGCCACAACAGCAACAACGUCGCCAGCAACAAACAACACAGCCACAACAGCAACAGCAACAAAAGCAAAACAAACAAAAAUCAAAUGAACUCAAAUUAAAUGUAAAUGUAAUUUUUAUGCUUAUUAUUUUUAUUUAAACAACAAUUUGUACGCCACAAGGGAAAAGUAGUAGACGAAAAAAGCGCGCAAAAGCGUGAGACAAAUUUCAUGAAAAAAUAUGAAGCUAAAAGUGAAUGAUAUUUUUGAUUAAAUAAAUUGAAAUGAAAAAUAACGAAUAACGAAUGCAAAUUAUGAUUAAUACGAAUAAUUAAAAACGGCAACAUGCAUAAUAUAUACAUAAAACUAAUGGUAAAUAUAUACAUUUGUGUGUAUAUAUUUAUUAAACGUAUGCAAAUAUUUAUUAGCAACAAGCCACAACAAAAAAUAUUAUAAAAGUGAAAAAAAAACACAAAAAACAGAAACUAAUGUUAAUUGUAUGAAAAAAAACAAACACAAGCAUUAUACAUGUCGGUCAGAUUUCUAAAGGAAAAGCGUAAAUAUAAAAUUAAUUAAAAAUUUUCGAAUCCAGAGAGAAAUGUGUUUUGUACAAAAAAAAGUUGAGUAAAAAACGUGGAUGAAUUAAUUAAGCGGCAUUAACAAGAAGAACGGAAACAGCAAAGCAUUUAAAUUGUAUUUACCUGUACCGAAGGCUAAAUGUUCAAUGAGAGCCGUCAAAAUUGCAUUUGUAAACUAGCAAUCAACCAUAAAACCAAAAAACAAAAAAAAAACUUAAAUCUCUAAAAUAUUAAACAAGAAACGAGACUUAACAUUGAUGUUUUUUAUCGCAAAACUUAACGCUUUGAAUUCGUUACCGAAAGUAUUUUCUGAAUAAGAUUUUCGAAAGUUGCUUUGAUUGUUUUCCGAUCAUCUUUUCCUUGUGCAGAACGAAGCAAACGAAGUAACUAAUUUUUUAUACAUUUCACAUAUUUUUACUAUAUUAGGUACAAUUUUCUAUUGUCAAUUUUAAUUAGUAUUAGGUUUAAAGCUUUAUGUUUUAGCAAGCUGGUAGCGAGCCCGCCACUGAUUAUGUUUAAUGUUAUCUCACUGGAAUAUGUAUUGUAUAUGUAUGACUCCCGAAUUGAAGUGUAUUUUGUAAUGGAUAGUUCAAGGACCUGUCGACCAGCCGGCUUGGCCUGUAAUUUACUUUGUUGUAGUCGCAUAGGUUACUAGUUUAUGUUUUUUGUUUUUGUCUGUGUUUCGAAUUUGCAUGCUCAAAAUCGAAUACUGCAACUCACAGAGUCUCGACUGAUGUACUAUGUAUUCCAAAUCAAGUCAUCACUAGGAUGUCGCCAAUAAUCGUUUGUAAUCGUUGUGUUCAUUGAUAUUCUUGAAUCUAAAUUGGAUCGGGUACUUUUCUCAAAAGAUAAAAUGCAUUUUAAACGUGUUCUGUGGUAGCUUAAUUUUCUAUUCCUGCAAGACUCUACGUAAAGAUCAACUUCAAACUCCUGUAAAUAAACUCUAUAAAA